AUGGCAGUAACAAGCACUGUCAACCCGGGCGACUACUCCCCUCCCCUUGAGAAUCUCACGAACGAGGCCCAUCGAGCGCGAAGCGCACCAUCGAAAUCCCUACGGCGGACUCGAUCUUCUCGGGCUCUCUUCCAUUGUCUGGACUCUUCCGAAUCAGUUCCGGACUUCAACAGUUCGAUAUGGGAUGCAGACAUUGCUUGUUCAGGAGAUCGUGCUACAGAAAACAGCCCAAGCUCACCCGAUAUAUCGCCAACGACAUCCAGACAUCCACAAGCUGAUCCAUUUCCGUCCUUCUCUGUCGUCCAGACAUCUUCUCUUCCAGCGAACUUGCCCUUCCAGACUCCUUCGAACACUGAUUUCCAACCUACGCAGCUAGAACCGAUCGCUGAGCAGCGAACCCUCACCUCAUCGGGUCCAUCUUUCGCCCGAACUCGACUGAGCCAGAGCCCGGCACGGAGGGUCAACAUCGUCCAUCCGCAACAGUCCCUUCAGUCCAUUCAUGUCUCGCAGCGACAAAUUCCUCCCUUGCUACCGAACACGUCGCUGCCUACGCGGCCCUAUCGCCGUCGAGCCUUCUCACUGGAUGAUCUCGAUUGCCUCAAAUUUCCCUCUCUUGAUUGUUUUGUAAGAAGCACAAGGUCAUCUAUAUCGUCGUCUUCAGAUCCUGAGCUGCUUGCUUCAUUUGGCGAGAGAUACUCUCAGCUAGCCGAGCCUCAACAGCCUUCUUAUCCCGGUCCGGAGCGUACACCCACUCCACCAGGUGUGCCAUCGUUCGGCAGCCCCGAUGCUGUCAACUUUUUCAACCAGCCGCCAGCGCGUUUCUCGUCUUGGUGGCGCAUUGGUAGGCCCACGCAGCCUGUGCCAUCGUUCCCAGAUACCUCGGUUGCCGCAGCGGCACUUGCAGGCAAUCUAAGUUCGCCGUCUUCUCAAGCCGCUAGACCAAGCGGCUUGCUCCAUCGUUUCAUCCUGUUCAACAUUGACUUCUCUUCGUCGCCUUGGACGACACAGCCACGGAGAGCAUCUCUGCCUGCAGGCGUCCUACGAGCCGACGAUGGAACGUUCGUUCGCGGUAGAUUUGGUGGCAGAGUCAGUGGACAUGGCAUCAGCAGUCGAGGGCUUGAUAGCCAUCCCAUACAGAGAGCGGUUAGUGCAGCAGGAGGAGAACGGAAAGAUGCUCCUGCUGAAGGCGGUGGCUGUAUUAGGUCUGUAGGGCAACCGGAGAGUAUUGCACAAUCACAAGGUCAUCAAGACACAGUGAUGAGUGGUGCUGUACAUCGCCCUGCUAGCAUCUCUUCACGGUUAACUACAUUGUUUAGUUGGGAGAGUCGAGCUACAGAGCGGUGGAGGGAAGAAGUAGCUGCCUCAAGAGAGGAGGUUGGGCGACCUCAGACAGCAGUGCCGCAAGAAGCCGUGGCACAAGCCCAACCAGCAGCAAUGCUACAACAUCAACCAACAACACCGCACGAAGCACAAGCGUCUAUCGUCGUCAUCGGCGACGACCUCGCAGUUGGUCUAAACGAGUUGCUGCAUCCAGAUUCCGACAACCGCGCCAUAUCCCUGACCCGACAAACACCGCUCGAAAACAACGACGACGACCUCGCAGCUGGCACCAGUGAAUUCCUAUAUCGAACUACCACGAAUUCCACCAUCCGACCGGCCCCCCAGAACUCCCUUGAGAACAAUGAGAAUGGCAAUCAUGCAGCAACUAGACCCCCCUCAGCCAACGAGAACGCGGACAACGAGAACGCUACCGCCCACACCACUCCUUCUCCGUCCACAUCUACUCCUGCGCCCCAAAAGGAGAAGGAGUCGGAGUCAGGGCUCUGGCACUGCAUCCACUGGUUCUGCAUCUGUUGCUGUGAGAUGACGGACAAAGAGUGGGAUGGUGGUGGCUGGUAUGGUGCUGAUCGGCCCUGGUUGAGGAGCGCUGCCCGACGGAAGAGGAGGGAGGAGGAGAGGGAAAGAGGAAGGAGGGAGGAGAGCAGGGAGAGGAGAGAUGAAAGGGAUAUUGAGAGGUGGAGGGUCGAGAGGGAGAUGCAGGCUCGGAGGGAGGAGAGUAGCCGGAGGGAGAGGAGGAGAACUAAUGAGAGUUUGGGGUGGUGUGGAAGUGGUGGUGGUGGGGAGGGGAAUGUGGUUGGUAGCGGGAGCGGGAGCGGAGGCGGGGGCGGGAGCGGGCCUGCGGAUGGACAAGUGUGGACUACGCAGGGACAGGAGGGCCAGGGUGUGCUAGGGAUGAGAUAUCGACCUGGUGGGAGUAGAGGGUAA